AUGGACAACGGCAGCGACGUCGUUUAUCUCGCGACCUUCGAGGCUCCCCGCGGUGUCCAGCUGCUCAUCUUCAGCCUCUGCCUGCCCAUGUUCAUCCUCACAGUUGUGGCCAACCUGUUGGUGCUCGCCACGGUGGUGGCCUGCGCGCACCUGCGCAAGCCCAUGAACAUCUUCCUGUGCAACCUCAUGGUGGCCGACGUAAUCGCCUGCGUGAGCAGCGUGCCCAGGCAGCUGCACAUCCUGCUGACGGGCGACGGCCGCGUCGCGUACACGUCCUGCGUCGUGCAGAUGUUCUGGGUGCACUUCUUCGUGCACACCGAGGUCCUCACGCUCGCCGCGAUGUCCGUCGACCGCUACGUGGCCAUCUGCCGCCCGCUGCGCUACCACGCCAUCGUCACGGCCGGGCGCGCGGCGGUCGCGACCCUGACGACGAACGUCGCUGUAGUCGCCGCCGUGUCGGUCGCCACCGCGCUCGUGGUGCCGCUAAAGUUCGCGUGGGACGAUCGGCAAAUUCAGGGCAUUUACUGCGACAGCAUGGGCAUAUCGCGGCUGUCCAUCUCGGACACGCGGAUCAACGACCUGUACGGCCUCGCGCUCACCGCGGUGUUCAUCGGCGUGCCGCUGUGCGCGAUCGGCGUCACCUACUUCAAAAUCAUCCUCGAGUUGAAGAGGUCGAGCGGCGACUUCCGCAAGAAGUCCGCGUCCACGCUGACCACUCACUUCCUCGUGCUCGCCGUGGUCUUCACCUCGCUCUUUGUCACCAUCCUCCUCCCGCGCCUCGUCAAGGACUUCCACGGCCCGCAGGUGCGGAACGCGAGGUGCGCCUCCCAGUUCGCCAUCUUCAUCAUCCCCAUCGCCAACGUCACGAUUUACGUGUUCCGCACCAGGGAGCUGAGGGAGGCGAUGCUCAGGUGUCUGAAACAGUCGCUCCCCAAGGCUCACGUCCACACGGAACGCAGCGGCAUGACUUAG